UGAAACUUAAUUCAAUAAACCAGCAAAUUUGGACCCACAAAUGCUUGUUAGCUGGUUAGGUUAACUCAAAAUCGUGAGCAAGUUAAUAAUCAGAACGCAUUGCUUCUUCUACAAGGUGGAAAGUGAAAAUCAUUAUAUCAGGACGUGGAUAAUAUGCAGCUAAAAAUCGAACGCGUCAUUGGAACUACGAUCUGAGAAUCCUUAACGGGGCAAUCUCCGGCAAACAUACGAGCCAUGAAAUUCCCUUCAACUGCGUAAAUCUCCUACCCUUCCACGACCAUUCCCGUUGCCCAUUUGGGGUUUUCAUCGAUCGGCAAUGGCAGAGGGCUCUUCGUGUUCACACUUCGCAAUGCUGGGAAACAACAAGGAAUACGGAGGCGACGCUGGUUGGGUGGAGGCCCGCAGAUUCUGCGAACACCUCAACACUUUGUCCUCCGAUCUUCUUCACAUCCCUCCCCCUCAGUCUUCUUGCUCCAGGUGUGAGAAUCCGUCUGAGAAUUGGUUGUGCCUUGGUUGCAAGGGUGUCUUCUGUAGUCGGUUCGUGAACAAACACAUGGUUGAGCAUUUUCAGAAUACGAGUCACUGUCUUGCACUUAGUUACAGUGACCUUUCUGUCUGGUGCUAUCUUUGUGAUGCAUAUCUAGAUGCUCACUUUAUUUUGGAGCUCCGACCUGUUUAUGAGACUGUUUAUCUCUUGAAAUUCAACGAGAGGCCGCCGGUUCAGGCGAUGGGAUUUGAACUAGGUGCAGCAGAUUCUGAUGCUCAGAAGUCUUGCAAUGACAAAGGUAGUGGCCCAUCAAAUUCGACCUGUAAUUAUUGAACCUCAACGAAGUGGAUUGAAUCAAGCUUAGUAUUUGAAUUUA